AUGCAGUCUCCUCCCCAUGAGGCUGCACACAGGGAGGAGUCUCCCCAUGAGACUGCACACAGGGAGGAGUCUCCCCAUGAGGCUGCACACAGGGAGGAGUCUCCCCAUGAGACUGCACACAGGGAGGAGUCUCCUCAUGAGGCUGCAUACAGGGAGGAGUCUCCCCAUGAGACUGCACACAGGGAGGAGUCUCCUCAUGAGGCUGCAUACAGGGAGGAGUCUCCUCAUGAGGCUGCACACAGGGAGGAGUCUCCCCAUGAGACUGCACACAGGGAGGAGUCUCCUCAUGAGGCUGCAUACAGGGAGGAGUCUCCUCAUGAGGCUGCAUACAGGGAGGAGUCUCCCCAUGAGACUGCACACAGGGAGGAGUCUCCUCAUGAGGCUGCAUACAGGGAGGAGUCUCCUCAUGAGGCUGCAUACAGGGAGGAGUCUCCAUGA